UAAUACUUCUUAGCAAGGUGACAUGCAUAAGGAGUCAUGUCAUUACAUGGGAACUUUUGUUUUUCCGCUGAUGCCAUCAAGAGAGGGCCUGGCAAUGGGAAGCUAUAUAAGCAGCACAUUUCCAUCCCAAUCCUGGCCACUCUUGAUUGACUGUGCUCACUCAGGAAAGGUAAUCAUUCCAGGCAGUACAUGUCUACAGCUUCUGCCUAUCAUGGUGCUGCUACAGACAGCAGCGAUAAUCCUGCUGUUGGCCUCCCUGCCUGGAUCACUCUCUACUCCAUCACAGCAUCUGUGUGGCUCCAACCUGGUGGACGCGCUUUACCUUGUGUGUGGGCCCAAAGGAUUCUUUUACUCUAACAGAAGCAGGAGGGAUCUGGAUACCUUGCUGGUCUUCCUCUCAAAUUUAGCAGAUUAUGAGGUAGCAGAGGACGAUCCAUUAAAAGAGAAGGUGAUGAAGAUGAAGAGAGGAAUUGUGGAGCGGUGCUGCCACAGGCCCUGCACUAUCUACCACCUGGAAGACUACUGCAGCUGAACAAGCAUAAAUGCCAUGUG